AUGGAUAUUACUGAAAGAGAGCAGCAGACGAGGACUUUCAUCAAGACACCAGCAACUAUGACCUCUGUGUCGCGAGUUCCUCGACACACAUGCCAUCUCUCGCACGACUUGUUUGGCUUGGGUGUGUGCUGA